ACAAAAAAAACGUUGUAUGGUCUAUUUUCUCAUUUGAAUCGUUGACUUGGAAGCUCAACAGUCGUAGAAACAAUGAAUAUGGGCCGUUUGAUGUUAUAACAUCAAUAUUCGUGUGUCUUGUGAAUUCACUAUCUCAGUUUAGAUCAUUUUCAAACAAUCACACAUACUCACCCACUCUCGUACAAGAAACUUUGGUUUCUCUGAUUAUCUAUAGAAGGAAAUCCGAUCCUAGUUUUGCAGAAAAAAUUCCUUAUCUUUCUAGGGAUUUUCCUAAAAAUCCUUACGCGAAAUCAGAGAUCUCCAUAAUGGUUCAUUCUCAACUAGGUUCAAAUAUUUCACCACCACCAUCACAUUACACCACAUAUUUGUACCAAAGUCAAUGCAAUCAACUUAAGAAAGAUCUUUUGAAUGAGGCCAACCAUGACUCUAGUUUUUCUGCAAUGGUUCCUUCCCCUAUCAACCCAUUCCCUUUGAUCCCAACCCAUCGGUACAAGGCUACUCACACCAAUGGGUCUCAGAGAGAAUUUAUCAGUGCUCGAAAUCCAAUGGUCUUUUCACCAAACCAUAAUAAGAUGGAAGACAUACAUGGUCGCCUUAACACUAGCAAAGGAAUUUGGGAUUUGUCUACAAAAAAUAUCUUUCAAUAUGGGGAAACUUCACAACCUUGGGUAAGUCCCUCUCUAUCACCAUCACUAGCUUAUGAUGCACAUCAAUCUGUGUCAGUUAAUCCUGAGCUUCAAGGAGAUCUUUCACGCAAUGUUGGAAUUGGAAACAAAUCCCAAGAAAAUGAUCAACGAUUUGUGCUAAGUGGCCAAAAGCGGCGGAAGAGGAUUCAAAAUAAUAAUGAAAUUCAACACAAGGAUCCCAAUCAAAUCAAGGGACAAUGGACUUCAAAUGAGGAUCGGGUUCUUGUCCAAUUGGUGGAUCACUUUGGGCUUAGAAAUUGGUCUCGUAUUGCUAAGUUUCUGAAAGGAAGAAUUGGAAAACAAUGCAGAGAGAGAUGGAAUAAUCAUCUUCGACCAGACAUUAAGAAGGAUUCAUGGACCGAAGAGGAAGACAAAAUACUAAUCGAAGCUCACAAAAUAGUUGGAAACAAGUGGACUGAAAUUUCAAGGAGAUUGCCAGGGCGCACUGAGAACUCCAUCAAGAACCACUGGAAUGCCACUAAGCGUCGCCAAAAUCCCAAGAGGAAGAACCGAGGUAAGAGUUCAAAGGGAAUACUUCUUCUGAAAUACAUAAUGGAAGUCACCGAUGCUAAGGAAGUUGAAAAGGAGCCGAUGACGUAUUCUACGAGCAUGAUGGAUAUUAAAAAUCAACUGAAUUUUGAAAGCUCAAAGAGUGAUUUUAGAACUGAAGGUUUGACUACUCCAGAGAACAAAAUUUGUGAGUAUGUUCCAAUGAUGUUCAAUGGUGAUGAUGGAAUGGCAAGUGGAUCUGGUACCACAAUGAAUUAUGAGUUUGGAUCAUAUGGAAUUGAGUUUUUUCCUGAGGUUCCUCUUAAUCAAGAAAUUGAUCUCAUGGAGAUGAUCAAUAAAAACCCUUAAGAUGGGUUGGGUUUAUUGGUAAUAAAGUUAUCAUGGAUUUAUGUUUGGUUUAUGUUAUUAUUUAAUUUGUAUUUUGUGAUGUGUUGUAUUGCUUU